AUGGGCGCGCUGCAGAUUGGCACUGCCGUCCUUGCCUCCAUCAGCUUCGCACUGCUCCUUGCCGCCCUGGCCUCGGACUACUGGGUGAUCGGCCCUGACCGCAAUGGCCUGUGGGAAUUUUGCCGAGGCUUCCUCUGUCAGGCAUAUGGGAUGAGUGUGCUUGGUAAGCACUUCCCAGUCCUGGAACAUGGUGCCUGUGGGCGCACCAUGGCACCCACCAACAUCUUUCUUGUCACUCACCAAGUGUUUUUGGAAAGUGGCUGGCAACAUGCUUCUCCUGUGACGUGCUGUAUUGCUUACCCAUUGAUACAUACAAUCACCUUCCUUUUUCUUUCUCUCUUCUUGUUCCCUGUAGGCUAUAUCCAUGCCACCCGAUUCUUCCUGAUGAUGGGGGCGUUUGCUGGCGCCGUCUCCUUCUUCAGUCUCUGGACCUCGCUUUGCCGUUUCUAUGCUGGAUCCUUCUCAACAGCCAAGACCGCAGGCAUAGCCAGCUUGGCAGCAGCCCCUCCUCUCGAUGCCAUUUGCGAGUGCACUAGCAAGAGAAUAAUGCUGGAGUACCAUGCUGUUGUUUAUUUUGGUCUUUGUGCUCUGAUCGCCAUGUCCAUAUUCACAGGAGUGUUCAAUAGUUCCUACAGGAAUUUGGGGCGCUAUGGAUGGUCCCUCGCUGUAGGCUGGGCCUCUGGCCCUCUGUUCCUGUUAACUGGUGGGCUUGCUUUCCAAAUACAUGCUGGGAGAGACAUGUGAACUCGGAUG